CUGGGAUAUGACCAGGAAAAAUCGGCGCCAUUAUAGUUAUCUUAUCACUAUGGAAAUCCUCCACUGUCACGUCUCCUGUUCUUUCUCCGCCCUUAAACACCCAUUUCCCCGGCGUCACAAUUCUCCGGUGAGGUUCCCCGUUAACACCACCAGGUUUCCCAGAAGACCGACGUCGGAGCUUCAAACUUCGGUUUCAGUACCCGCCGAAAAUGGCACUGCUUUUUCCCCUUCUCCCUCAGUCCCGUCUCAUAAAGUCACGGUUCACGACCGCCAGCGUGACGUUGUCCACGAAUUCUUUGUGCCCGAAGAUCAAUACAUUUUGCAUACGGCAGAGGCACAGAACAUAACUCUCCCAUUUGCUUGCAGGCACGGUUGUUGCACUAGCUGUGCUGUUAGAGUAAAAUCCGGCCAACUCAGACAGCCAGAGGCAUUAGGAAUAUCAGCAGAGUUGAGAUCACAGGGUUAUGCACUUCUUUGUGUUGGUUACCCAUCUUCUGACCUCGAAGUUGAAACACAAGACGAAGAUGAGGUAUAUUGGCUGCAAUUUGGUAGAUAUUUUGCCCGAGGACCUGUCGUAAGUUUUUCUAUUUCACUUCCUUUGCUGAAACUUUCGGAGCUUUUUUGAAGUGGGAUGGAGAUUAGUAAAUUCUAAUUACCCGAGUUAUUUGCUUACUGCAGGAAAGGGAUGAUUAUGCUUUGGAAUUAGCCAUGGGAGAUGAGUAAACUAGUGUUAACAGUCCAUUAUGAUCUAUCUCAAUUUUUGGUAUAUAUCUCUCUGUAUGUCAUUGUUUUCGGUUGACCUUUGAGACACAGUGUAAUAGUCCUCUUGAAUAUCUGAUUAGAAAUUGUAACUUUGUCCUCCAAAUCAGGAGAGUCAAGUUUUUCAAAUAGUUCUUUACCUUACUGUCUGGAUUUAGUUUUAUCACCUUAAAAGAAAGAAAACCUGCCACACAGUUUAUAUUAAGGGGCCAUAAAGAUAGUUGUAC